CUGAAAUUGAAGAGGAUGUCGGCCAUUUUGGUUUGCAGGACUCCCAACGGGACCGAAAUGAGCCCCUGUCGAGGCAUCCGAGCACGAGUUGCGUGAAAAGAAAAAAUAUCCCGACAAAGAUUGUUGAUGUAUUUAGUCCGUUGCUCGCCGGUUCAACGCAAAUAUGAGAAAUGAAGCGUUUUCAGUGUGGAAAACGGAGCAUUUUUCACGUGCACGGCUCAAUUUGGCCUGCAGCUGGUUAACGCCGUGUUUGUUUCCAGAUCGUUUGCGGCCUUUCGGUUUUAUUCACUGGAAUUUUCAUUUCCCUCUCAAGAAUUUUCAUGUACGAGUAAACUUUCAGUUCGUAGCCGUUGAAGCAUCCGCUUUCCUGUCAUUAAAUGUGUCAAAAUGAUUUAUUGUAAAUAUAAUUGAUUUUGACAGGUUUGGUUUGAUAGAAAAAUGUAAAAAGUUUUGUGCCCUUUUGAAAAGCAAAGUUUUAUGUAAGUAUGCCACAUGGAAAUGUGGAAUUUGGGAAAUGUGAAUAACUCAAGAGGUCUGUGAUGAGUUGGAUGGUUGCGAAAUGGAUAUUAUGGCACUUUUAAAGGAAUGUUUUAUUUCAUGUUAUUUUUUUUGUGGAAAAUAUGUAAUUCCAGGUUGAAAGUGGGCCUUCGGUAAUGUUGACUUGGAAGCGGAACGGUUGAAAUCAGUGUGAUAGGGUCUUCUCGACUCUAGGUGGCGCUUGCGUACUUUUACCUGCAACGUGCUCGCCAAUUUCCGGUUAGAAGAAGCUUUUCUGAGCGUUCGAAGAAGAGUUUUUUUUUUUUUUUUUAUUAUUAUUAUUUUGCUGGCGUGUUUGUUUAUUGAAGAAGACGAAAAUGAACGCCAAAUGUGCCGCUCUGUGACGUCUCUUCGAAAGUUCUUCAACUCUGAACAGCCAACUCGGGCUAAAAAGCGUAUUUUGAGUCACAUGACAGCCGACGAGUGCUUUUUCCUAUUUUAGCUUUUAGCCACGACGACGUCCGGACUCCUCCGAACCUCCAGCAGGAAAUAACGAGCGCUUGUGUACAUUUGGCUCCAUUUUCGACGUCAGUUUUCCGUCCGCUUUUGGUGCCGCUGGACCUUCACCAGCUGACUCCAAAUUGGUGUUUAGCCGACCGGCUCGGUAGUCGAAAUGGCCACCGCGGCGCCUUCCUCGCCUCCGACCGCCGGCUCGCCUGGAGCGGCCGCCGCGGCAGAGAACGCGAGCCCCGGACCCAACAGUUCGGCGUCGGGCGACGCCGGUUCCGGUUCCGGUGCCGGUGGCGGCAACCAGGACAGCACGUUCGAGUGCAACAUUUGUCUGGACACCGCCAAGGAUGCCGUCAUCAGCCUGUGCGGGCACCUCUUCUGCUGGCCUUGUUUACACCAGUGGUUGGAGACCAGACCCAGCAGGCAAGUGUGUCCGGUGUGCAAAGCCGGCAUCAGCAGGGACAAAGUCAUCCCCUUAUAUGGGCGCGGAAGCACCGGUCAGCAGGACCCCAGAGAAAAAACACCCCCGCGACCUCAAGGCCAAAGACCCGAGCCAGAAAACCGAGGCGGCUUCCAGGGGUUCGGCUUCGGGGACGGAGGUUUCCAGAUGUCCUUUGGAAUCGGCGCCUUCCCCUUUGGUAUUUUUGCCACAGCCUUCAACAUCAAUGACGGAAGACCCCCGCCAGCCGCCCCGGGAACCCCGCAGCACUUGGACGAACAGUUCCUGUCCCGACUCUUCCUCUUUGUGGCCCUGGUCAUCAUGUUUUGGCUCCUCAUAGCGUGAACGCCACGCGGGAUGUUUCCGUAGAGACGAGAUAAGACUCUUUUUGUUUUCCCUUGUUAGAAUGCUGCGAGAUUGAAGGCUUCAAAAUUGUACAAAAAAAAAAAAAAAAAAAGAGCUGACUGUGGAAUGGACACGGCGCAAUUCAUCACGCGGCGCUUGCGUCACAUAAAGGUGGCCGUUGGCGCAUAUACUGUAAUAAUAAUCAUAAUAAUCCUCAGACUAACCACCCACACGUCGCUUUUGAUUGGGUGGAGUCGGGUAGUUCCGAGUUCCCUCCCCGCAUUUGUCACGGAUUACAGAUUUUGUCCUGUUGGUUGUUGAGAAGGGUCCCCGGUCUGAAGUCACAGGAUUAUUUUGCUUCCAGGGAACUGCGGCGCAGUAACGCGCAAAGCCAGGCCGUAGCUCCGUCUAAGAGAAGGCCGGCGCUCUGCCAUCAUCGAGUGGCAUCUAUGGGCAAUAAUGAAACUUUGAAGCGGGUGCAUCAAGUAAUUUGCGGCCUGGUCCGCUACCCGCCACCAGCAGCUGUUUCUAUUUCACUUGUGUUGAAAGCAAACAUUAACAUUCGUGUUCAAAUCGUUCUUUGAUCCUUUAUCCCUAAUAUCAAUAAUACAUUGACAUGAUCAA